GCAGAAAUCCUGCUGCUCCGCCGACAGAGCUGGUCCUCACAGGGAUACAGACCAGCGACGGACAGACAGACAGACACACAGACAGACAGACACACAGACACAGACAGACACACAGACACACAGACAGACAGACAGACAGACACACACACAGACAGACAGACAGACACACAGACAGACAGACAGGUGUCCAGUCCUCCGCUGCCUGCCGCAGCAGCCGGACUCUUCCUCUCUCCUCAGGCUGUUGCGGCUCCGCGGGGCGCAGCGCCGCUGUUUGCGGCUCUUUCUGCGGGUUUUUGCGGGUCUCUGUACGGACCGAACGGAGCGGCUCAGUUCGCAGGUGUCCAGGUCAGGAUGAACGGUCCAUGCUGAACUUCUCCUCAGCAUGACAUCAUCAGGCCCCGCCCCCUGCUCCCUCUGUCCUGACGUUGUUGCCGCUGGUUGCCUCGGCGCCCUGUGGCCCCGCCUCCUGCUGGCUCUCUGGAUCUGGACCUGUGACCCGGCGGGGCAGGCGCAGGCCUCGCACCAGCACUUCCACCCCCACUCCAUCAAGCUGCCUGGUGACAUCACUCUUGGGGGGCUGUUCCCCAUCCAUGCCCGCGGCCCCCACGGCGUGAACUGCGGCGAGCUGAAGAAGGAGAAGGGCAUCCACCGCAUGGAGGCCAUGUUGUACGCCCUGGACCAGAUCAACAGCGACCCCGAGCUGCUGCCCAACAUCACGCUGGGCGCCCGCAUCCUGGACACCUGCUCCAGGGACACCUACGCCCUGGAGCAGUCCCUCACCUUCGUCCAGGCGCUGAUCCAGAAGGACACGUCUGACAUCCGCUGCUCCAACGGCGAGCCGCCCCUCAUCCGCAAACCGGAGAGGGUGGUGGGCGUGAUCGGAGCGUCGGCCAGCUCCGUGUCCAUCAUGGUGGCCAACAUCCUGCGGCUGUUCGAGAUUCCUCAAGUGAGCUACGCGUCUACAGCUCCAGAGCUCAGCGACAACAACCGCUACGACUUCUUCUCCCGGGUCGUUCCGCCGGACUCGUACCAGGCCCAGGCCAUGCUGGACAUCGUCAAGGCUCUGGGCUGGAACUACGUCUCCACGCUGGCGUCCGAGGGCAACUACGGCGAGAGCGGCGUGGAGGCCUUCAUGCAGAUCUCCAGAGAGGCCGGUGGGGUGUGCAUUGCCCAGUCGGUGAAGAUCCCCCGAGAGCCAGCUGAGGGCGAGUUUGAUAAGAUUAUCAAACGUUUGAUGGAGACCAGUAAUGCCAGAGGAGUCAUCAUCUUUGCCAACGAGGACGACAUCAAGCGUGUUCUUGAAGCAGCGAGGCAGGCUAACCUGACAGGUCACUUCCUCUUUGUUGGGUCAGACAGCUGGGGGGCCAAGAGCUCACCAAUCGCCGAGCUAGAAGACGUUGCAGAAGGCGCUGUCACCAUCCUGCCUAAGCGGGCCUCGAUUGACGGCUUUGAUCAGUACUUCAUGUCUCGGUCCCUGGAGAACAACCGCAGGAACAUCUGGUUCGCCGAGUUCUGGGAGGACGACUUCAGGUGCAAAUUGACCCGUCCUGGAAUCAAACUGGACUCAGACAAGAAGAAGUGCACAGGAGGAGAACGAAUUGGUCAGGACUCGUCCUACGAGCAGGAGGGGAAAGUUCAGUUUGUGAUCGAUGCCGUUUAUGCCGUCGCCUACGCUCUGCACAACAUGCACCAAGACCUCUGUCCCAACAGCCACGGGGUCUGCAGCAGUAUGGACCCGGUGGAGGGGCGCCUGCUGCUCGACUACAUCAGAGCCGUCAACUUCAAUGGUAGUGCUGGGACCAGCGUUCUGUUCAACGAGAACGGGGACGCUCCAGGACGCUACGAUAUCUUCCAGUUUCAGAUGACCAACCACAGCCACCCUGGCUACCAUGUCAUCGGCCAGUGGACCAACAACCUGAGGCUCAAUCUGGAGGAGAUGCAGUGGUCCGGAGGAGACAAAUCCGUCCCAGAGUCCAUCUGUAGCUUCCCCUGCAAACCCGGAGAGCGGAAGAAGAUGGUGAAGGGAGUUCCCUGCUGCUGGCACUGCGAGCUCUGUGACGGGUACCAGUACCAGUUGGACGAGUUCACCUGUGAAAUGUGUCCAACGGACAUGCGGCCCGUCCCCAACCGGACGGCCUGCUGUCCCACGCCCAUCAUCAAGCUGGAGUGGAACUCUCCCUGGGCCCUGGUGCCCGCCUCUCUCGCCAUGCUGGGUAUCCUAGCAACCAGCGCCGUGGUGGUAACCUUCAUUCGCUUUAACGACACCCCUAUCGUCAGGGCGUCCGGAAGAGAGCUGAGCUACGUCCUCCUGACCGGUAUCUUUCUGAUUUACCUGAUCACCUUCCUGAUGAUCGCGGAGCCAGGUGUGGUGGUGUGUGCGUUCCGGCGCCUCCUGCUGGGCCUCGGCAUGGCCAUCACCUACUCCGCCAUGCUAACCAAAACCAACCGCAUUUACAGAAUCUUCGAACAGGGCAAGAAGUCGGUGACUCCUCCCAAAUUCAUAAGCCCCACCUCCCAGCUCGCUAUCACCUUCAUCCUCAUUUCUGUCCAGGUUCUGGGCGUGUUCGUGUGGUUCGCUGUGGUUCCUCCUCACACCAUCAUCGACUACGAGGAGCUCCGCCCACCAAACCCAGACCUGGCCCGAGGCAUCCUCAAGUGUGACAUGUCGGACCUGUCCAUCAUCUGCUGCCUGAGCUACAGCAUCGUUCUCAUGGUAACAUGUACGGUUUACGCCGUGAAGAGCCGAGGCGUUCCAGAAACGUUCAACGAAGCGAAGCCCAUCGGCUUCACCAUGUACACCACCUGCAUCGUCUGGCUGGCCUUCGUCCCCAUCUUCUUUGGUACCGCUCAGUCCACCGAGAAGAUGUUCAUCCAGACUGCCACCCUGACCGUCUCCAUGUCCCUCAGUGCUUCUGUCUCUCUGGGGAUGCUGUACAUGCCCAAAGUUUACGUCAUCGUCUUCCACCCGGAGCAGAACGUCCAGAAGAGGAAGAGGAGCUUCAAGGCGGUUGUCCAGGCAGCCACACUGUCCCAGAAGACGGACAAACCCAACGGAGACACCAAGAUCGAACCCGACAGAACUCAGUAGCUCCACCUGCUGGAGGCAAGAAACAUUUCAGCGUUUCUAGUGACGAAGAACAAAACCUUGAUUUGAUACUUGAACUCAUCCUGACCCCAACGGAAACAUCUGAGCCCUGACCAGAGCCACGCAAUGAUGAUGAUGAUGAUGAUGAUGACCAAGAUGAGAUGAUGAUGAGGGUGAUGAUGAAGAAUCCUGUUUUCUCUCCUCAGGCCUCAGCCAACCAGAGAAGAGCCUGAUGACAUCAUCACCAUCAUUAUCAUGAAGACACUGAGCUUUAAUUGUGAAAACCAGACUUUAGGUCAGACAGGAAGUAGAGACAUGUUGCGUUCAGGGGAUGUGUGGAGCUCAGUCAUGUUGCCAUGGCAACAUUGAACAUGGGGACAUCAUUCUGCCUGGUGGGGGUCUGUGACAUCACUGACAACACCUGAGCACUUCCUGCCAGAGUCUGACUUUUCACAAUAAAAGUUUUACACUAAAUGUUUUCUAAGAAAUGGGUGAACUGCAGGAGAGGUUACCUGAGGAGCUCACCUGUUGCUUCAGCCUGUUUCCAUGGAACAUGUGAUGGUCAGUUCUGGGUUCUGGUUCUGAAGUUCAGGUUCUGAGCAUCUCAGUGAAACAGAACUUCAGUCCACAGAACCAGAACCUCUAACAUUCCUGUGAAUCUCUCUGUGAAUAAAUGAUUUAAUUUCAAA